AUGAAGACUUCAUUUGCCGCCCUUGCUCUCGCUCUCUCUGGCUCUGCCGUGGGUGCCCCGUUCUCUAACGGCACUCACAUUGCAUCCAACUCUUUGUUGACUCCUGUUCAUCUGUCGACCAAGCCGCCUCUCCCCAGCAUUUUCGCUGCCUCCAGCACUGCGGGGCCAUCGUCCUCUGCCAAUCCGUCUUCUGGAUCUAAGCCCCUGACCUUGGCGCCUAUCCCCAGCGGAAGUGGUGUGAAGCGCGGAGAGGCCACCUCCAUCCCGACCGACCUCCCGUCGCUGGCUUCUGAUGCACAGUCCGUGGCGGCGGCCCUCGCUUCUCUCGGUGCUGGCUCCCAGAAGCGCGGCGAGUCUCUAUCGAUUCCGACCGACCUUCCGUCCCUAUUGGAAGAUGCCCAGUCCGUCGGUAGCGCUGUUGCCUCUGCGGGUGCACAAAAGCGCGGCGAGGCGCUUUCUAUCCCCACCGAUCUCCCCUCGUUGGUUUCCGAUGCUCAGUCGGCCGCCGCUGCGCUUGCCUCCGCUGGAGCCCAGAAGCGUGGAGAAUCUUUGUCGAUCCCCACAGAUCUUCCCUCCCUGCUGGAAGAUGCGCAAUCCAUUGGUAGCGCUAUCGCAUCUGCCGGUGUUCAGAAGCGCGGCGAGUCUCCAUCGAUUCCCACCGACCUUCCGUCCCUGCUAGAAGAUGCCCAGUCCAUCGGCAGUGCUAUUGCCUCUGGGGGUGCCCAGAAACGCGCCGCCGAGACCCUUCCUCUCUUGACUCCCACUGGUACUUUCACCCCUACCGCCUCCUUUGGAACUGGCUUCCCUAAGCCUUUCAGCGGUCUUUUCGCUUCCUCUUCCGGCGUUGCUUCUUCUUCCGGCUCUGCUUCUUCGUCCGGUAUUACAUCGUCAUCUACUAUCCUCUGA